AAGUUUCUCGACGAGCUCGAAAUAGCGAGCUGCAUUCAUUGUUCUAUUUUCGACAAGCGUCUCGUAGCAGCGUGAUAUUCAUUGCACGUACCUCUAUAGCCUUACAUCGGAACCUAAUCGACACUGCCACCAAAAUCGAUCCCACACACCAUUCGUUCGCCUGGCCCCUUUCCGGCUCGUGGUGGAGACUGAAUCAUGCCUCGUCUAUGGUGAUCUUACAGGUGGUGAUCCUGCAAAUCGUAAACGCACAAAAUUCGAGCAUACGGCCGACAGAACAGGGCAUCUAUUAGAAACUCUCACGCACACACAGAUGUACAGUUGCGAUAAUCGAACUGUUUUACCAAGCGGAUUUCGUACUCUAUAGGCGUUCCAAUAAACAGAUAUACAGGCGGCCAAAUAGCCGUGCGACUGACGCUUGUUUGUGUUUACAUUAUCUCGGUCUUCGCUCGCUCGGCUACCUUGCCCCUGACCCCUACGGACGUAGUUCAUACCUGGCACCAUGUUGUAUCCCGAUGGAUAAGCAAUGAGGUCCCUUUAAGUCGCUGGACUCAUCUCGACUAGUUCGCUUGCCAUUGAUGCGGCCAUUUAAUCGGCCAGCUAGCAUUGUCGGAAUCCGCGAACGGCUUCUCUAUAAUUCGCUGCCGGUCUAGCCGUCGUCGGGCGACCGUGGACCCUCCUCUCUGCUCCUCUCUACGGGCGAUUCUAUCCCACAUCGACGAAAAGAUUGUUAGAGGCUGACAUACAGACCUUGAGUAAAACCCGUAAUCAUGUGGAACCAAGGCUCAGACUCAACGAGACAUUUGACUCAACAGCACUUAUUGCUGCAUGGAUCGGAUUCGAAUCCUGUGGGCAUUGCACGCUCCCAUUCAGAUUUAGUGCAUCUCGUGAAAUCUGAAGACGAUAAGAUGGCCGUGGUGCACGAUACCUCGGCCACUGUGGCCCAGUGCGUGCUCAUUACAAUAACUGGUUAUGUGAGUUCGAAGCUGCAUCUACUCAACGAAGAGCAGCUUCAGGGCGUAGAGAAGUUCACCUCCAGUUUAGCGUUACCGGCCCUCAUGUUCACUAACAUGGCCUCCAUCGAUCUCCAAAAGGCACAUGCCAACAUGAUUUUUGGAAUCUUCAUGGCUAAGGUCGCCAUAUUGCUCAGUGUCGUAUGUGCAGGUUAUUAUCUUUCGAACCGCAAAAAGAGACCGUGGAAUGUUAUCGGCCUCUAUGGGAUCUUUUCUACAAUGUGCAACGACUUCGGGAUCGCCUUGCCUAUCUUGAAGAGCCUGUUUGGGCCGGCUUUAUCAUCGGAGCUGUACCUAAUCGCGCUGCUUGGCUUCUGCAUCCUGAAUCCUCUUUGUAUAUAUCUGAUGGAGUACCACCGUCAAACUACCAGCUUCAGCCUUUCGGAAGGCUGCCAUACAUCAGACGAGCCAACGACAUCAACUGCCACAGCAAGCGUAAAAGGUGAUCGAAGUGUCAACGGCCCUAGCCAAGCGUCGUUGCUGGCACGAACAGUCCUCCGAACCCUUGCCUAUUCUCAUGUUGUCGUCUGUCUACUUGGAGGAAUAGUCAACGUCACUGGAUGGCAAAAGUGCUUGCCCUCUUUCGUUGAGUCCAGCUUAAAGACCACAGGAGAUUCAUUUGCUUCGCUAAUUCUUUUCCUUCUCGGAUUUCGAUUGGAUCAUCAGAAAAACUCAAAAUCGCAGUCGACCCAUAAGCUCUCGGUUAUUACACUCAGCAUUACCAAAACCAUCGUCCUACCUAUUUUGUGUCUGAUUGGCGUCCGCAUUUUGUCCGGAUCGGUAGCCCUGUCCAACUUUGCUUUUAUUUAUGGAGCGGUACCUACACCGCCGCUAGUGACCGUCUACGCCACCGAGUACUCUAUCAAUCCGCAAGAAAUAUCGAUGGCCGUCUGCAUCUCAUCUGUGUUAUCACUCCCACUGCUUUUUGUUGCAUCAAAAGCUACUGCCUUAGCUAUCGCUCAGCCUGACACUUCAGAUUAUGCAGCAUUGUCAUCUUCGCUAGUGCCGGGCGUGCUUUGUCUGUGUAUAGCAAAUUUUCUAUGUGGCCUCCUCAUCGUUGUCUACCUCACAAAGAUAUCGUCUCGUUAUACUCUGCUACCUUUUCAUUUUAUUCUCUGCUUCAGCUUGACACAGAUUUUGCAGUCGGUGGGUCUUGUAUUCUGGCAUCUACCUGAACUAGUUUUGGAAGUGUAUCCUGUAUUUUUCGUGACCUGUGGCCAAAUGAGCGGAAGAUUAUUUCUUGCCUUCUUUGCCAUGAGUAUUUCACCAUCGCUGACAGAAAGCUCACAACUGGAACGGUUUAAACGACCGCUAACAUUUAUUGGAUUCAGUUUGCCUGCGUUAGUUACAUUAUCGAUGCAUAUCUGGGUGGGACCCAAUGAAGAUAUUCCAGGCCAAGGGAACCCACCUACAGCAUUGCCGCUCUUCCUUCACGGUCACAUGGAGAUGGUCCUCUUCGCUUGCAUUUUAUCAUUCAGUCUGUGUGCGUCAUUCGGCUCCCUGCUGGACAUUUUCUUCAGAGACACCGGUCUGUCUAGCCCUAUCGUCGUCGUCAAAGAAAAUGUCCAAUCUACAGCUAUUGCAGAGAACCCGCCCGCGACAACCACGAGGAACAAACCGACACGUCAUCGGUCGAAACAUAUGCUUGCACUAGUCUGCCUAACUGGCUCGGCCUUUGUGGGCUUAAUUCAUACGUAUUGGCGUAUUUCCGACCCGAAUCGUAAAGAUCGACCCCUACUUAUGGCCGUUGAAUUCCUCGAUGGGUACAUGACAUUUUCGCAGGCCGUUAUCAUAAUGAUUGUCUACGGCAUCCACUCAAAAUAUUAUGGUCGAGCGGAGCGGAUCAUCUACACCAGUCGGUUAUUCCGCAAGCUUUGUAAUUUUGUUAGUUCGUCAUUUGUAGUAGCGUCGUUCACAGCACACGGUCUACGUAGCCAGCAUUCGCAACCUGUAUUAAUCAAUGCUGAAUUCGAUAUCGACGCUAAAAGGCCUCCGGCCCCUGCGCGUGCUAUUCGACCGGUGAUCAUGUCGACGAUGCGCUUUUAACAACGCUUAAAUAUAUAUACACAUAUACGGAAUAAUGAAAACCUAUAUGGCAAAAUAGAACAAGUUAAUACUCUCUCACACAAAAAGGUCUAUGCAGCUUUGGAGUUACAAUGAAUUACUGAAAACAUAAAUGCCUUCAGUAUUUGUCUCGCAAAGUUAAAGAAGCCGUAACAUAUGACCCGUUUUAUGUAGCGUCGUAUGUAACUUUUUUAAAGAAUUUAUUCAGAUUCAACAAAUCCAAACAGUUAACGUUAUUCGAUGCUGAACAAGACUACAACUUGAUAGAUCUUCUUCUACUUGUCUAUAACUGAUUGAACUUAAAUGAUACGUAAUGACAAUAAUAAUCAUGUUAUGGCCGUUCCUGAUAGCUUGAAAUCCCUGAUAGAAAUGAUCUUUUUCUGGCCACUCGCCUAUGAUUUAUUUGGUUUAUCCACUUUCUUUUACUGCUGACGAAGUAGAAGAAACCUAAUGAUGCUUAGCCUGACUUGUCAGAGACGCAUUGGUAGGCUCCCACAGUUAAAGGUUUGCCGGUACGAGCAACGCGUAGGCUAGAUGUUGUACGUCACUCUAUAUACACAAUAGAAUAGCGACAAACUACAAUUGCAGAAAUCCUGUUAUAUUCAUCAAAAUACAAGUAUAUAUGCACUACUUUAUGACACUACCUGGCGCUGUUAGGUAUUUGGCUUGCCAUACGUUUAUAGCUUUCUAACGAGCAUGGUACAUUGUCGAGUGAAUAUUCUUAUAUAGUUGUUAAAUACUUUGUGUCCAAACCACGUAAAUUUAUGCUGUUCGUCAGUGAAGAGCUUAUUGCCAUGGUUCUAGUCGACUACUUCAAGUUAGUACUGAUGGCUUAAGCAUAGACGUCACUUACAUCGUACCGAUAACUUGACUACGACAAAUGAAUAUUUUUAUCAACUUAUCGCACCGCCGGCCGGCUAAUGAAGUUCUUAGCACGCCAAGAACUUCUCUUGCAUUGAAUAAACAUUAGACUAAUUCUAUUGUAGAAUCAUCGCAGUGCUCGAAGUAUUCUAGAAAAGAAGAUCACGAAUUGGCGCUAUUCGGGCUUCAGUGCGUGUUGAGAACAAACAAGCGGCACAACUAGGAGACUUCGCCGCUCCGACAAGUACGAAAAUCUAUUAUCAUACGGCUUUGUUCAAUAAGGGUCAGUUCUUGUAUAUAUAAACGCAUUUAUUAGUACGAGCUCAACGUAGUAAAAUGAAGUUCAAUAUAUGAAGUUCUAAAUGUAUAAAAAUAAAA